AUGGACAUGCAGUUUACACCCUUGCUGCCUUCGCAGCUACUUGUGGGGUCUCCCUUCAACCCAGGAACCCCCACCGGAGGUCAGUUUUCUCCUGGUCCCCAGUUUGGACCUUUUCCCACGGCGGCAGCGGCAGCAGCAGCGGCAGCCGCUGCUGCCGCCUCACCCAGAAUCGGAUCUAACUACAUGUACCCUACUUUCGACUACCCUCACGACAGCUUCGGUCAUAUGGGCUAUAUUAUGCCUCACCAACCCCACCAAGCUCAUCAACAAAACGGUACCGCCAACGGCUCCGGUGGCGUUUCUGACGACCAAGGCCAGCCCUCUCGAACUGUGUACCUUGGAAAUGUGCCUACCGAGUGCACUCCUGAAGAGCUUUUGAAUCAUGUACGAUCCGGCAUGGUAGAAAAUGUUCGCAUGCUACCAGAGAAGACAUGUGCCUUUGUUUCCUUUUACGACCAAAACUCAGCUGCACAUUUCCACUCGGACGCGAUUUUGAAGAAGCUCACCAUCCAUGGCCAGGAUAUUAAGAUUGGCUGGGGCAAGCCUACAACGGUUCACCCCUCCAUCGCAAUUGCUGUCUCGCAGGAGGGAGCCUCUCGAAACGUCUACCUUGGAAACCUCCCUGACGAAAUGGACCAAGCCGCCCUCCGUGAUGAGCUUGCCAAAUUCGGCCCUAUCGACACUGUGAAGCUUAUUAGCGAUCGGAAAUACGGCUUUGUGCACUUUUUGUCCAUCUCCACUGCUGUCAAGGUCGUGCAACAACUAAAAGCUGAUCCGAUUUGGUCUCAACGGAAGGUGCAUUACGGCAAGGAUCGGUGUGCAUACGUCAGCAAAACCCAGCAACAGAACGCUGCUCAGUACCUUGGCCUCGCCCCUGGAUAUGAACAGAUGGCCGCUGCUACGGACAGAGACGCCCUUACGAAUGUGCUUUCCCAGCAGUCAGCUGCUGCCAACGCCGUGGCUGCUGCGGCCGGUGGAGCCGGCAAUGCUGGUAAUAGAACUGUGUAUCUGGGAAAUGUUCAUCCUGAGACCUCUACGGAGGAGAUCUGUAAUGUGGUUCGAGGAGGUCUGCUGCAUCAUAUUCGGUACAUUCCUGAGCGUCACAUUUGUUUUGUGACUUUUGUGGACCCUACUGCAGCCGCUCAGUUCUUUGCUCUAUCCAACCUCCAGGGAUUGACUAUUCACAACAAGCGACUAAAAAUUGGCUGGGGAAAACACUCAGGUCCUCUUCCCACACCCAUUGCCCUUGCUGUCACUGCUGGCGCGUCCAGAAAUGUUUACAUUGGAGAUAUCGACGACAAUUGGCCGGAAUCUAAACUGCGUGCUGACUUCUCUGAGUUCGGUGACAUCGAGCAAAUCAAUUUUCUCAAAGAGAAGUCAUGUGCCUUCGUCAAUUUCACCAAUUUGGCCAAUGCCAUUAAGGCCAUCGAAGGUAUCAAACAGAAGAGCGAGUACCAGCAGUUCAAGAUAAAUUUUGGCAAGGAUCGAUGCGGCAACCCUCCUCGAAUGUAUCCCCAGCAACAGCAGAAUCAGGCACACCAUCAGCAGGGCCACAAGCACCGACAAAGCCUGUCUCGGUCACGAUCGGAUCGAGGCUCUUCUGAAGAAUAUGAGUCUCAACCCCAACAAGGCCCACAACUUAACCAGUCCCAGUCCCAGCAGCAACCUUCUCAGCAUACUCAGCAACAGCAGCAGCAACAACCACAGCAACACCUUGGGCAGCAGACCCAACAUACACAGCAGCAGGCGCAGCAGGCACAGCAGCAGGCACAGCACAAUCAGCACCACCAGCGACACCAGUCCCAACCUCAGCAGCACUACCAGUACGAUUACCAGCAUGUGCUUGACAACACUGGACUCUACCCCGUGCAGAACCCCUUCGGUAUGAGCUUUCAGGUGCCGGCACCUCACACGCCCGGAAACCAAGCGUUGGCCCAGUAUCUUGCGAAGGCCCAAAUGGACCAUUACGCAGCGUACAGUGGCACUCUAGUAGGUUUGAACGGAUCUGGUGACUCCGGUGAGGAUGAUACGGUGUCGGAUGAUGGUAACGGGAGCCGACAGUACAACCACCAGCCCCCUCCUUUCCAUUACACUCCUGGAGCUGGCCGACAUCAUACGCGAAAGUUUGCGUCUAUUUAUGAGGAGAAUUCUGUGAACCCUAGCACUACCUCUGUCCUAAGUGAGGAACCUGCAGGAGACGAUCAUAGCGUGACCGCAGAUACGACCCCUCUGACCUCACGAGACAACCUCAAAGACCUCACACAGAGCCUUGCUGAAAUUGACAUUGACAAUAACAAGGAUAAGAAAAACAAGGAUGCCAAGCCCGUUUUGGGUCUUGCUAUCACCAGUGGUUAG